AUGACUUCUCCUGCAAAACGCUUAUGUAGUUCAUCAUCAUCAUUAAUAAAGUAUCAAUGGCAUCCGAUUGUUGAUGAUGACUAUCUUCGUUUACCUAAUUUAAUACAGAUGACUGUUGCUCGUGUGAAAGAUCGACAAUUAACGUCAGAUAUUAUUCCAUUAAUAAAUACUAUUUAUCCAUGGCCUCAUUCUUUAAAACAUAUCAGACGAUUACAUAAACAUGAUAAUCAUUUAGAUAUUCUUCUUUAUCCAUCAUCAUUUAUCACACCACUUGAAAAAACUGAGUUUGAUAAAUAUUUUGAAAAUGAAACACGACUUAUAAAUAUUCCGGAAAAUCCUUGUUUAUUAAAAUGGCAGUAUGAUAUAUGUAUUAAAGACCAUUGGCCCGGUUUAGUAUUCAGAGAAAAUAAAAUUCUUGAGCAAUCACAAUUAAAUAAAGAUCUUACUGAACAAGAUGAUAUUAUUCUUGAUUUAUUUCAGAAAAUUCAAGAAAAUGAUAAGGAAUCUCAUUAUGCAAUUAUCGUAGAUAAUGAAAGACAAAUUCCUCUUGUUGGUUCUCGUGAUUAUCGUGAUAAACAUCCAUUGCAACAUUCAACAAUGGUUGCAAUCGAUUUGCUUGCUGCAGAUUCUGUUUAUUUAAGAGAAAAUUUAAUUGAAAAAUUUAUUGAAAAACAAGAAAAAAAAACUUAUCUCUUAAAUGGUUGUUCAAUUUAUUUAACACAUGAGCCUUGUAUUAUGUGUGCUAUGGCAUUACUUCAUUCUAGAGUAUCCACGGUUUAUUAUGUAAAUAAGCAUGUACACGUAGGAGCACUUGGCUCGAAAUAUAAAUUGCAUACAUUAAAAAAGACAAAUCAUCGUUUCACUGUUUAUCAUUUAGAACAAAUAAACAAUGGUGAUACUGUUAAUAGUUGA